CCAAGAUUGAAGUUUCACCGAAUGAGGCUUUUAACCUGACUGACUGUAACCAUACCGACACUCGUUCUUGCAGCCCAUGUCUUGUAUCGCACGAGGAAGCGAGCAAACCCACGCUUGCUGAUCUCACCCGUGUAGAUCAGUCAGGUCCCCGCUACCUCCACCGCCUGGUUGUGGCUUAAGGUACCGGAUCAGGCCCCGCUCAACACCUCGUCCAGGGAGGUUCAACCCCACCAUCCCCAGUCAGGAGAGCUGAGGUAUAAAAGGUGGCAAACAACAUAGAGGGUCAGGGAGAGCAAUAACGAAUAACGACAGAAUGGCUCAGCCCAUGGGCCUUACGGCCUCUGAUAUCGUCUUCAGUGAAGCCACGCCCGAGCAACGGGAGCUCGCUUGGGAGCUAUGCGGUCGAACCUGGGCAGCGCCCAUGGCACUUGAGGACUACGUCGAGCGGGAACGCUACCUCGCCCAACAUGACUUGAACCGGGACGGCCGCUGCCGGUACUGGGUGCUCUACCUCAACGGGUACCCUAGGCAUAUCAUCGCCAGCUGUGAGGCUAUCCGCAAGCCGAUUCUGAUCUCGGGCGGCAGCGGAGGAGCUGCACGCAUCAGCCACGGCUAUGGUGUCACCAACAUCUACACCAAUCCGACCUACCGGCGGCAAGGGAUGGCAUCCUACUUGUUGCGCCGAGUGCAGGAGCAGCUGGACGCCGACAGCGACUGCAGCGUACUGUAUAGCGACAGCGGGCGGAGCUACUACGCCAGCCUGGGCUGGUCGCCUUUUAGCAGCCGACAGGCCACGCUGACGCUUCUCCCCUCAUCAUCCUCUCCCGCCCACGCGUCCUAUUACCGCGGCCAAACUCGCCUGCUGGAGGCAUCAGACCUAUCUGACCUCUGCGAAGCAGACGUCCAUCACCUCACCGAAUCUUUCAAUUCCCUUCCCGCCGACGGCAAAACCCGCGUGGCUUUCCUGCCCACCCUGCCCCAAAUAACAUGGCACCUUGCGCGCGCAGAAUUCGACGGCCGGAAAAUAGUCCCCUUCACUGGGAACCUCCGUCUCGCCCAUGGUGCUAUGGUCCUCAAUGGCAGCAGCGGCAGCAACAACAAGUCCUGGAUCACCUGGGCGCACGACUGGCGUGAGAAGCGCCUUCGUAUCCUGCGAAUCUCGCGCGUCUGCCAGGAUCAACAAGAGACCCCUCACGCCCAACAAGAAACGGUGAAGGAUGUAGCCGCUUUGCUGGACGCUGCUGUUGUGGAGGCGAGGAGAUGGGGUUUAAGUAAGGUGGUUGCUUGGAACCCAGACGAGGAAGUUCGUACCGCGUGCAAAUGCAUCGGGAAUGCGUAUCCUGGGGCGGACGGGAUCAAAGUGAUGUUUGAAGAGCGUGUCGAAGGCGGGAUGCCCAGUCUGCGGUGGUCUAGGGGACGGGUAGUCAAGGAUAUGUCGUGGGAAGAGAACUUCGGGUUUUGUUGGUGUUGACUGUGGUUACUCCGGUUGGUUCCUGUUCGGUUGGAGACAUGGGAUAGAGGCGUUGGGUUGUCCAUGAUGGCGCUUGCUCUAAGUAACACCAUUCAUCAGGUAUAGAUUUGGGUCCUAGAUCGAUGUUUCUGUCAGAUGGCACGCUGCGUUCAGAACCAGCACGGUCUGAGCCUGUGGACUUUUGGAUGGUUGAUAAGUGGAUGCUCCAUUGUGCCUGAGUGCAAGUGGUGAGCAGUGAUCUGCUCAUACCACAGAUACACCAAGCACCUUCCGUAUCAGCGAUAUUAGCAACCCUGAAACGGUCUGCCCGACAGGCUUGCAAUCUCCUCUGCCUCUUUCUUCAAAUGACUCGUCCGCGCCAUUGUUGUACAUCCCGCUUCUUAGGUUCUGGGCAUUGAGGGAAGAGCAGAAUGAGAAUCUGCUGG